GGGCGGGGUGAGGAGGUGUCGGUGACGUCACCAGGGGGUAGCGGGAGGAGAGUCACGUGUGGUACGCGGAUCUGCGUUAGUCAGAAGGACGCUGUUCUUGGCCGAGGAUGGGGCAUCUCCGUUGUUUGGCCGUGUUAGUCGGGCUGCUGGUUGUAGCCACCGCCGCUGACACAGAAUGCUCCAAAAUGACAAACACAACCUGUGAGACCUGUCUGAAGAAUGUGACGUGUUUGUGGUGCAACACGAAUAGCAAGUGCGUGGAUUAUCCUGUUAAGAACAUCCUGCCCCCGUCAUCACUAUGUAAACUGAGGGACGCCCGCUGGGGGAUAUGCUGGGUAAAUUUUGAAGCUGUGAUCAUCACAGUAUCUGUGGUCGGAGGAGUCCUCAUUUUGUCCCUGAUAAUCUGCUGCUACUGCUGUUGUAGAAAAAAGAAGAGUAGGAACUCAAGCCUAGAGACUGAAAAAUCCAUUAGGGAAAAGGAGGAGAGACGAGUGCGUCAGGAAGAAAGAAGAGUUCAGAUGAAGAGUCGACAUGAUGAAAUAAGAAAGAAAUAUGGUUUGUUCAAAGAAGACAAUCCCUAUGCAAAGUUUGACAGUUAGGUUCUGGAUGUUGUCAGCCCAAGGAUGUCAGUCUAUACCUUUU